UUGUUCUGAGUUACGUGUCACUCAUCACACAUAGUAACAAACUCUAUAAAUAUUUGCCUAAUAUAUGUUUCUCUUUUUCGGAUAAGGAAAAUGCGUCGUCGAAUGGAGACAACCCUGCAGUCAAGCCUGCGCAAGUCAAAAUUGGAUCCCAAUGGAAAAUGCGGCGUUGCCGUCAAACAGCAGCUGAUGCCAAGUGAGCCACCUGUUGAGGCCAAGGUGAAUCCCAUCCACUUUCUCGAGCGCAAGAGCAAUGACGAGCUCGUCGUGCACUGGACUCGCACUGAGAAAGGCCAGUUUCCACCCAUUAAAUUGAUGCCGCCGUGGUAGUUGUAUUUUCUAAUAUUCAAGUGCUUGCAGAAUCAAAGGAUGUACAAAUAAAAUCGGAUAAAAUUCACGGGACCCGUUCAUAACUUUAUAUAAACCAGAUGCCUUCACUUUUGGAACAUUCCUAUAAAUAUUUUUGAAACUGUUGACAAAUCUUUAUAAAGUGUUUCAGCAUAUUGAACGGA